UAGGAGUCGCACUACUCCAGCUCAUUGCUGAGGAGACUGAGGGAGGGACGGAGCUGUUCUCGGAGCCGGAGCGUCACUCUGCAGCCUGCACACCGGAGGGGGGAGAGCGGCCACAUAAGAGCGCUAUCACAGCUACUGCUCUGCACACAGCCAAAGCGGCGGAGCCGGACACUGCGGUAACUGCCGGGGAUUCCUGGAGCAACAAGUGGGAGAGCGGCAGAAGUUCCUGUGGUGUCACCGCGCAGCCUUAAGUCAUGAGGACUAUGUGGAUACUACUCGGCGUCGCCUCGCUGGCCCUGGUGUCGGGGGAGACGAUGGUGGCCACGACAUCAGACAAAGACUUGUAUAUCGACACUUCAGUUGAAGAAUCCUCCGGAGUAUAUCCAAUUGAUGAUGAUGACUACUCAUCUGGGUCUGGCUCAGGGCUUGUAGACAUUGAUGACCAAGACCUUGCAGCACAGCUUACCACAGUUAGAGCUCUUCCAGAAAGUCCACCCACCAGUGAUGCUCCAGUAGUGGAGAAGACUACGCCAAAGAUGCAGACAAACAUAGACGUAAAUCCAGAGGAUCCUGUGGUAAGAAGUAAUAAAGAUACGGUGGAACAUAACCCGGUCAGUGAGGUGGAGGUGUACACAGAGAAGCAGUCAGAGAACCUGUUCCACAGAACAGAAGUACUUGCAGCGGUCAUUGCCGGUGGCGGCAUCGGCUUCCUCUUUGCAGUUUUCUUAAUCCUGCUGCUGGUUUACCGCAUGAGAAAGAAGGACGAGGGCAGCUACGACCUUGGAGAACGAAAACCAUCCAGCGCUGUCUACCAAAAGGCACCAACUAAAGAGUUCUAUGCAUAAAAUCUACUAUAGUGUCUCUUUUUAUGAGAUCACUGAACUUCUUUUUUUUUUCUUUUAAAUAAAGCUUUUGGAUAGAAUAAUGAAUAUUUCAUUUUUUUUUUUUUCAUUAAAGAGCCUCGGAGGCAACUUUAUGAUAUGAGAAAAGCCCGUUGUAUUUAAAAAAAAAAUGAAACUCCUUUUCAUGUAUUCUUUAGUAAUAAAAAAACAAAAAGGUUAAAUAAACCCUUGCAUUUUGAGUGGGUGACAGUGGCAGAGUAUUUUCUUCUAAGACCAUUGGUAUUCACCACUCAGACCUUUUUCUGCAUAAACGUACAAACCCACCCACGAAAACGGUUUCAUUUUCAGUCGUCCAGUCGACGGAAGGUUGUCGAAAUUUUUUAGCAUGUCUCGGAUCUUUCAAAAUUGAGUUCUUUUUUUCAUUAAUUUAUCUGUUUCCAAAUAAAUGCCUUUAGUAGUUGUCAUGGUGCAAUUGUCUUAGAACUCAGAUAUACAGUAUAAUAGUGUAAAUGUACUUUUUUUUCCCCCUUCCUAUGUAAACAUAAAGGAAAUCUGUAUAAAUCUGUGUAAUGAUAUUAAUUUUUUUUUACACUACCGUACCGCUCCGUUUUAUUUUUUUUCAGUGUACUUACUGACCGAUUCAGGCUACCUUCACACAAACGUAUUUUGUUUCCGUGUCCGUUCCAGUUUUUUUGCGGAAUUGGAUGAUAACCCAUUAAUUUCUAU